AUGACGAGGAGCGUAUGGACAGCAGCCUUAACUCUUUCCUGAUUUGCAGGAUCCUGUACCCUGCAGUACCUCACAAGCUGAAGCAGCUUCAGAGUGAAGGGUACAAGCUUGUGAUCUUCACCAACCAGCUGGGCAUUGGCCGUGGGCGCCUCAGGCCUGAAGUUUUCAAAGCCAAAGUAGAAGCUGUGAUUGAGCAACUGGGUGUCCCGUUGCAGGUCUUUGUGGCAACCGGUUCAGGAAUGUACCGCAAACCUGUCCUUGGUAUGUGGGAUCAUCUGUGCAAGAAGGCAAACGGUGGCUUAGCAGUGUCUUUGCAAGAAAGUGUCUACGUGGGAGAUGCUGCUGGGCGUCCAGCAAACUGGGCCCCUGGGCAGAAGAAGAAAGACUUUUCUUGCAGUGACCGCCUGGUAAGGGAGAAAAACUCCUCCUUCUUGCAUCUUGCAGUCCUUCUUGUCUCAGGAUUAAUCAUUUUGGACUUCUUGGAUGAGAAGAUAAUCAAUUUGAUAGCAUUCACAUACCUCACUGUUUUCUCUUCUCUUUAAUCCAGUUAUCAGGAUGAUUGAUACUGUCUCUUCUGCUUGUCUAUGAUAUGAUAACUUGACAUUAGCACUGCAUGUGCAGGAUUCUGUGUGAUUGUGGAUUUGUUGCAGAGUCCCUGCUUUCAGAUUCAAAACUCAUGAAUUUACUUUCUUCUCCCCUGAGCUAAAAUAAAGUCAACUUUUAAAACAUAUUAUUUCAAAAAUUACCCCUCAUUUACUUUCUUUUCCCCUCUUUAAAUAUCUUUAUGUCCUAUAAAUAAGUUGGAAAACUGGGCCAGAAUAAUACAUAUGGUUGCUUUUUUUGUUUGAAUGUAGGAAUUGCUAAAAUUCAAAAUCUUCAUUCUAAAUUAUGGAAGUCAUAAUUAAUCUAAAUGGGGCUGUAACACUAAUUUAAAGUUCCUUGGGGCAGGUAAAGAAGAUUAAAAGUUAAGGAAGGUUUGCCAAUCCAAGCAGUAAAAAAGAGGAAUUUGCAGGAAGUUUUAGAGCUGGGAAAAACUGCAGAAAAACUGCAUGGAUAUGCAUUUAUACAGAGGCUAGCAUAGCAUCAGGAUAGAAUAUACAACGAGCUGGUCGUUUUCACAUCCGCAUAAUCCCCAGCCUUCCAAUUACUCACUUUCAUGCAUGGAUAGGAAACCUGUGACCCUGGAGCUGCUGGGAAUUGGGGUUCAGCAACAUACAAAGAGCCACAGGUUCCCCAGCACUGUUUUAACAGCCGGAGCUGUUUAUUUUCUGCAUCAAAGAUUACAAACUUCUGAAACUGAAAAGGAUGGCUUUAGUUUUACAUUCAGUAAGAAAUUUGGCAGCUGAACUUUCUUUUAA